AAGGCCUCCAAAUAUGUGGAGGUACAAACACAGGAUAACCUAACAUUCAGGAGCUUUGACACGCCACGUUACCCUGCAUUGAAGUUUAAAGUGCCCGUGUAAAGCAUGCUCCUGUGGCAGUAUCUGAUAACCUUUCUGCUGGUUACUGUUCAAAUAUGCAAAGCUGAGAAAUGCGAUGAAUUUACCGAUCUGAAUCUUGGUCACUCAAUCAUUGGUACCAGCCUCAAAGUUCAGUUGUUGCUAUACACUAGAUUAAAUGGGACAUGUGGUACCCUCAUGUCCCACACCGACCUGUCUGCCUACCCCCAAUUUAACGUGUCAAAACCGACCACCUUCAUCAUUCAUGGGUAUCGGCCCACUGGAUCUCCACCGCCUUGGCUCGACAAGCUCACUGAGCGUCUGCUGGUCAGGAAAGACAUGAACGUUAUAGUGGUAGACUGGAACUACGGUGCUGCGACUCUGAAUUAUUGGGAAGCAGUGAAGAACACACGCAAAGUAGCAUCCAACAUCACAGCUUUCAUUAACAUGUUGCAGGAGCACGGAGCCGAUCUGAGCUCCAUCCACAUGAUUGGUGUCAGUCUAGGAGCUCAUGUAUCAGGCUUCACAGGCGCUAACUUGAAGGGAGAAAUUGGAAGAAUAACAGCACUGGAUCCUGCUGGGCCAGAGUUCAAAGGCAAAAACCCAGAGGACCGACUGGACUCCUCAGAUGCACAGUUUGUGGAUGUCUUGCACACGGACAUGGAUCUGCUGGGUUUCAGGGAACCUUUAGGUCACAUUGAUUUCUACGCCAAUGGAGGAGCAGACCAACCCGGCUGCCCAAAGACUAUUUUCUCAGGACAGUAUUUUAAAUGUGACCACCAGAGAUCGGUGUACCUCUUCCUUGACUCUAUAAAUGCCACAUGUACCAGCAGGACCUACCCCUGCUCGUCCUAUAAAGACUUUCUGGAUGGCAAAUGCUUAACCUGCAGCCAGUUUGGUGAUGCUGGAUGUCCUAUUUUAGGUUAUGACGUCAUAAAAUGGAAAGACAUCCUGCUGGAACAGAACCAAACAAAGGCCUACUUCAAAACAAACGGAAAAUCUCCAUACUGCAUGACAAACUACAGGAUGGAUGUGAUGAUAUGGAACAAGGAUGUGCGGUGGGGAUACUUGACUGUUAAACUUCAUGGCAAUGGUAAACAAGCACAGGCAACCAUUGACCAUAAAUCCUUAAAGUUCAAGAAGUUCACAGAGACCGAGCUGUUGGCUGCGUUUGACAAAGACAUUCAGUGGGUGGAAAAGGUGUCUGUUAAAUUCUCCACUGGGAAUGUAUUGCAGCCCAAACGUAAGCUCAGAAUUCUCCGAAUCCGUCUCAAAAACCUGGAACCUAAAGAGAAUAAAGCACAGGGGUCUCUGUGUCGAUACGACGUCCUUCUCGAGGAGAACAAAGAGGUCACCUUCAGGCCAAUUCCCUGUGAAGAAUCCAACUUCUGA